CAUAGGUAGGUAUGUACAGUACAUAUACUCUACAGUAUGUACACUCCACCAUCAAUGAUGAGGGCCACAUCAUCACCACCCCCGCAUCCACAUCCACAUCCUACUCUCCUCGCUCAUGCGACAGCUGUAUAGAGCUCCGCCGGCAGCUCGCAAACAACCGCCAGGAACGCGAGCAGUCUCGGAAGAAGUGUGAGGUUGAGGCUGCGCGCCAUGCAAUGACGACAGGCUUCUACGAAAUCCAGGUUGCGGGUCUGAAAGAGGACGUUAAGAUGCAGGCCGCCGAGCUGGAGGAGGAGAAAUCGAGGAGAGAGGAGGAGGAGAAAAGGAAUGAGAAUCUUAGCAAGUAUAUUGAGACACUUCGCCAACGAGCCGCUGAGGCGGAGGAGGAGAAGCCCAGGAGAGAGGAGGAGGAGAGGAGGAAUGCGGAUCUUAGCAGGGAGAUUGAGACGCUUCGUCAGCAGGUCGCUAAGGCGGAGGAGGAGAUAUCGAGGAGAGAAGAGGAGGAGAGGAGGAAUGCGCAUCUCAGUAUGGAGAUUGAGACACUUCGUCAGCAGGCCUCCAAGACGGAGGAGAAAAAACGAGGGAGGGAGAGGGUAGAAAGGGCCAUGAGGAAGAUCAAGGAAGGGAAGAGAAAGAUGAAGCCGAUGGAGGAGAGGCAAAGCGGCGAGGAGAAGGAAACGCCUGACAGUGAUGAUUUGAAUACAUGCAUUCUUUCAGUUGUUUUUUGUUGUUUGUUUGUUGUUGUUUGUCUUCUUUUUGUUUUGUCCAUAAUAGCUCCCUAAUCCCGUCUCGCAGUAGGUACCUGAGUACGCGUUGGAGCACCAUUAGAAUGUGGUAUAUGACCGGUAGCUGCAAUGGUGAUGGGGCCGGCCUCGAAGGGAGGUGAUAUGUUUGGACUAAAAGUCUGGCAGGAAGUACGGAGGUGGCUUUAUACAAUCGGAUAGAACUGAAGAACCUGUUUUCGUCGCUCAUGAGAUUGACCGG